CUUAAAAGCCGCUGGGAACCUGCAUUUUAUUCCAGCCAACCAAUUAGAUUACAGGUUCCGGGAACAUGACCUAUUGAGCCUGAUUUGUAGGGCAUCAAAUACCCCACUCCUCACUGAUUCAGACUCUGUGCUCCGAUUUCGUUCCUUUCUCCGGUCUAACUCUCCCCAUCUCUGCGAAAACCUCCUAUUUAAGUCAAUUCUGCACAGUGUUAGACGUAUUAUAUUGCCUACACCGGUUUGUUUUCGCUUUAUACUGGCAUACAAUAAUCAACCCGCCCGCCAUACUUUUCCUUCCCUCUCUCAAUUGUUCCAGCAACUACCCCGCGCAGUGAUCGUCAUCAAAGAUGGAUCUCGUUAAUCACCUUGAAGGAAGACUCCUUUUCGCCGUCCCUAAAAAGGGUCGGCUCCAACAGGCGACCUUGGACCUUUUGGCCGGUGUUGACAUUCAAUUCCGUCGCGAGACCCGCCUCGACAUCGCCCUGGUGAAGAACCUCCCCAUCGCGCUUAUCUUCCUCCCUGCCGCAGAUAUCCCCACUUUUGUCGGCGAGGGUCGCGUCGACCUUGGUAUCACCGGUCGCGAUCAGGUCGCUGAGCACGAUGCGCAGCUGCCCAACGGCGAGACCUCCGACGUGGAGGAGAUCAUGGAUCUUGGCUUCGGAGCCUGCAAGUUGCAGGUGCAGGUGCCGGAGAAGGGCAAUGUCACUGAGGCGAAGCAAUUGAUUGGCCGCAAUGUUGUCACCAGCUUCACGGGCCUCACCGAGGCGUUCUUCGCCAAGCUUGAAGGUGUCGAUGAUACCAACAAGCUCAGCACUAAGAUCAAGUACGUUGGUGGUAGCGUUGAGGCUGCUUGCGCUUUGGGUGUUGCCGAUGGCAUUGUCGACCUUGUCGAAUCUGGUGAAACUAUGAAGGCCGCUGGUCUCAAGGCCAUCGAUACCGUUGUCGAGAGUACCUCUGUUCUCGUGAAGUCCAAGAAAACCCAGAACCCUCUCGUGGAACUUAUCACCUCCCGUAUCCGUGGUGUCAUCACCGCCCAGAAAUACGUCUUGUGCCAAUACAACAUCCCUCGUAGCGAACUCCACACUGCCGCCAGCAUCACCCCUGGCAAGCGCGCCCCCACCGUGACCGCCCUCGAGGAAGACGGCUGGGUCGCCAUCAGCUCGAUGGUCGAGAAGAAGAAAAUCGCCACUGUGAUGGACGAGUUGACCAAGGUCGGUGCGACAGACAUCCUAGUCCUGAACAUUGCCAACUCGCGGACGGGUUAGACCGUGUCUUCUGUUUUUAUUUCUAUUCUAUCAUGCCUUGUUUAGCUCAUGUUUUGUUUUUCUGGCAUAAAGGCGUGUUUUACAUUUUACCAUUUUGGUUCUUUCUGGGGGUUCUUGUUUGUUUAUUU